UUUUAGCAUUAAUUAAUGUUAAAAUUACAAAUCGAUACAUCACAUAAUUGAUUCAAUUCUAAUCUUCUAAUCAUAAUAACAACACAUGGCGAGUGUUUCCAAUUUCAUCAUAAAUCGAAAAUGAAACGAUGUAGGUUCCUAUUCACAGUCCUUAUUUAAUUUUAAUAAGCUAUUACAUAACAUAUCAUAUUACAAACCGAUUAAUCUGCAACAAAGGCGAUAUAAUAGAAAUACAAAUUAAUUUUCCCACAAACCCUUAAAGUAAUAUCAUCCUUUUGUGUGCAAACAGUAUCUUUUUACCAUUCAAUUUGCGGGACGUAUGAAUGGACGGACGUCACAACACUCGUCGGCUCAUUGGUGCGUACGACCCUCAGGGACCAGGGACCAAAGAUGCGGUUGCUGAUAACAAUCCCAAAAUCCAAAAUCCGUCCCAUCCAUCCAAAUCCCAUCCCUAAAUUUUUAGGCGUGGCUUAACAAAACUCCUCCUCCUAUUAUCCAGGGUAUAUUUUAAGGGUAGCAGAUAAUAGAUUAUCUUUCAGUUGUAUUCUGAAUGUUGAAGUCUCGGUGACCGCUGGUCAUGGAUUCACCGGUACAGUCGAGUGCUAAGUGUGGCUCUGAUUUUAGUAUAGAACGGAUUUUGAGUAGUGACAGCAAGCGAUCAGAAAAUGUGGAAGUUCCAGAUUGGUUGUGCUGCACCCGGUACAGACCGCCUCGGUUACCACGUGCAGUGAGCAGUGGCGGUGGUCGCGCGAGACGGUCGGGUCGGCACGCUCGGGUGCCCUUCACGGCGGCGCAGGCGGCGGCGCUGGAGGCCGCGUAUGCGCGCGCUCCGUACCUAGCGCCCCCGGCCUUGCGUGCACUCGCCGCAGCCUUGCAGUUACGUGACGAUAGAAUAAAGAUUUGGUUCCAAAACCGUCGUGCAAGGGAGCGAAGAGAGAAAUGUGGCAACAUCGCACCUCCAAUGUCUGUGACCCUUCCACCUACCACCUCAGCUCACGUCUCAAUUAUAACUCCAUGUUCCUGGACAUCAAAUGACGCAUCUAGUAUUCCCUUCAACAUAGCUCUUGGACAGAACGAUAGAGACAGAACACGAUUGUAUGAAAGAGACGCAAGUGAUUUAAGCGUUUCAUCCUGGAGCGUAUCAACAGACGAAGAAAAAACAGAUGAGCCAUUGGAUAUUGAAACUAUUGAAGACUAAAUAAGGUGCAAAGUGUCUUGUCAUUAGAAUAAAGAAAUAAUUAUGAUUUAUUGUCAAAUUAACUGUGAUACCCAUGACAUGAUUAUGAACAAUUUGAAUAUAAUUUAUAAAGAUUUUAUUUUAGCAUUUUUAUUGUGAAGGUAAUUAAAAUUGAAUAAAACAAUAAUUAAAAUUAAUGUCUAAUAAUAGUGAGUAGGUUUAACGGUAAUUUAGUUACAACGACGUACAUUACACGUUGUACGUACACUGUCUACUGUCUAC